CCCACCAUCCCAAGUAGCGUACAUUCACCAGUUUUAUUGCCGUCGAUCAACAAUGGCAAGAGCUAUCAAAGGGAUGCUGAUUGAGUGUGAUCCCUCCAUCAAAUCUUUGGUCGUUAGAAUCGACCAGGACUACAGAGAUAUUGUCAUUGAAGAGCUUGACGAUACACAUCUGCUAAUAGAUCCAUCGAAGUUGACGUUCAUAAAAAAAGAGUUGAACAGGAUACUUGCAGACAACUCUUACAACCCCUUUGAUGAUGAAGACGCACAAGUAGCUGCUGUGCUUGGAUGAAGCCAUUAUCAGCAUGUAUAUAUAACAAGCGCACAACAAGGUUUUUCCUUUUCGUAAAGAAACAUUUUUACUACAUUUUAUAGACAUAAUACAAGGUAAUAUUUACAAACUCGACGUGACC